AAUUAUUUUUUUCGAUCGAUUAUUAGUAAAGUUUGUCUAUCAAUUAUCUUAUUUACCACUGCCUAUGGCUUAACUAUUUCUACAUGCAAUCGUCGAAACAGUAUUUCCUGUAUUUAUUUGUUGCGAUAUUCCUACUUCUCCCGAUUGAGAGCAUGUUUCUUCCUGGAACCAACUGCGUUUCUUUCGAAACAUCACCAAAACAUGAUUCCUACAUAACUCCACUAGAAGAAUUAGACAUAGAGAUAAAAUUUAACCAACCAGUAAAUCUUUUAUGGAAAGGUAAUUGGCACAAUGUAUCUUUUUUCUCUAAUUCUGAUAUAUCAUUAAAAAAAUGGAAUGAAGAUACUAAUGCAAUAUUUUUGUCGAGAUACUAUAACAACGAAACGAAAAAUAUUUAUGCUAAAUCGAUAACUGGAUCAUCUACCUGCUUCAAAGUUAAGUUUGAUUCUACUGAUAUUUUAAAUUUCUCUCAUUUUAUUCUCAACAUUAUGGAUUAUUUUUCUACAGCUGAUUCUAUAAACUACAUAAUGCCUGCACAGUCUUGGAUAACAUAUACUACUGAAAAUACCGCUAGUUUAAAUCCUGUUCCUCCUGAAAUUCAGUUUUGCUCUCAAUUAAAGCUAACGCAACACGAUAAAGAAGAAAAUUCUGAAAAUGUGAACCAGAAAAUAUCAAUCCGGCACUUAUUAUCUAAACCUAAUAAGUCAUAUAACUUGAACAUCAAUAUCAGUAACUCAAAUAACAUAAAACUUAAUUAUUCUCUAUCUACAGUUGAGGAUUUAAAUGGAUAUAUAUAUAAACUGUCUGAGCCUUUAAAUAUCUACAUAGAUGUUUCUACGGUAGAAAUUACUGCUCAAAUAAAACCUGAAUUUCCCAUAUAUCCAGUUUACGAGUCUACGGUCCAAACAUUAGACCGCAUCUCUGAUAAUAUGUGGAAGCAUGUUUCACAAGAUAAGAUAGAAGAAUAUUUUAAUUUAGUGAAAAAAGGCCAUGCUAAUAUUUCUUUGUGGAAUAGACCAUUUGACCCAAGAAGAGAUUCUUUAAAUACAGAUAUAAUAAUUCAAAAAUUAGCUUGGGAGAAUUCCGGGUUUUAUCAAGCUUCGAUCAAAAUGAAGGACGCUACAUUAAUGAUAUUUUAUGGUCAGAAAGAGCAUUUUCGUAAGCAGUGGUAUAUAUUAUGGGUACCAGAAUAUCAAGGUGUAAGCUGCUUUCAGAAUUCUAAGCGCAACGUUUAUAACAUCUGUCUCGC